CCCGCCGCGGAGCGCUCAGUUCGACGCGCACCGGCCUACGAGCCGCACGUGUGUUGUAUACCGCUCCGCUCGCUCCGUAUAUUCUACGCGUACGUACGCAACUCUACUUGUGCACACCAUUGUAUACGAUCCUGCCGACUUACGAGUGUACAGCCGUAUACGCAUAUGUACAAUAAAGGAACCGGUCGAAAAUCCAAAAGGCUGUCACGGUUAACAAUACCAGCGAUGAACUUACUCCACAGUGCAGCUGCAUCAAGGCUCGUUGUUGUCAUUUCGUUAUUGCCGGGGGAAAGCGCGCAGCGGUGCAACAACAACGCAACGCUCGCCGAGUCCGAGUGACAGCGUUCGUUCGUUCGUUCGUUUGCGCCGUGAAAUGACGAGCGAGAAAUGCACUACUGCUACGCCAGCCGGGAAGAGGAUCGGUGAAAUUUGCUGAAUGAGGGAGAGGAAGAGGUGCGCGAUAUUCCAUCGCGAGUGUGUACUUGUACGAAUACACGCGUAUUUCGAGUAGUGCCGCGCAGUGUGUCGUAUUGUAUACCUAACAAUUGUUGUGCUAAAAACAGAGAGAGAUAUAAACGCGUGUGUGUAUACACAGAGGGUUUGUUUACAGAAUUUGCCCAAGUGCCCCUAUUCAUAACCUCUCGGGUAUAAGUAUAGUACCGACUCGAGGCAUCGCAAUCGAGGCUCGAAGAUGAGCGAGACGUCGCCGAAGGUCGAGUUCGCCCUGGGCAGCGAGGUGUCACCAGGGCACUUCUUCAAGAGCACCUUCGCCCGAUCAUUCGUCACGAGCCGCGCCGACUCGAGCAAGUCUCUGGACUACGAGUUUGGUUAUGACACCGGAACCAUAGUCGAGGAGGAGCAUCAGCAGCAACACUCGCCCGGCCGUUGCCAUUUCAACAGCAGUAUUAACAGUGCUGCUAGUCAUAGUGCUGGAAAUAGCAGCUUCUACUCGCUCGUGGAUUUCGGCCCGGAGACCGAGCAGCCCAACUCGGCUGUCUGGAGCGUUGGACAGCAGCGAAGUCCCGUCAGCGGAGCGACGCAGCCGACGUCGGAGCUCAACGAGCUGGAAAAACUGCGAAAGCAAUGCCAGACCCUAACGGAGGAGAACGAGAGGCUGCAGGCGAGCCUGAGGACUCAGCCGGCCCACGUGCAGGUGAUCGACAACGUCUACCUCCAGAACCAAGUCGACACGCUUCAGUGGCAGCUCAAGCAGAGCGAGGCCAACCGACAGAUGUACCGAUCGCUGAUGGAGCAAGUGGUACGUUUCCUGGACCGAGCCCGCAAGAGCCUGGACAUCAUCCACGAGAAGUCUGCGUCCAAGCGAAACAGCAACAGUCACAACAACUCCAGUCUCAAAGAAAAAUCCAGAGUUCCUCGUUCACGUAGCGUGCACGCCGUCCACGCUGACCACAACGGCUCGCCAAACCGCUGCAUGACUGCCAGUUCGUCUUGCGCCUCAUCCACCACGUCCUCUGGCUCGUCCGCCUCGUCGACGUCCUCGUCAUCGUCGCGUUUCAGUCGCGCCAAAUCCGUAGCGCAAAUCUCGGGCAAUGGCAGCAGCGGUACCACCUCGGGACUGAGGGAUUUCACCUGGUCGGUGCUGAGGAGGAACGAUCCAGUGCACUGCACACCACCCAGAACAAAGCCACCUCCACCGCCGGUUCCACAGGCAUCGGUCAGUGUCCAGGAUGUGAACAAGACGCAGGACAGCGUUGUCUACAGGAGGCCCAAGCAGUCGGAACUGGACCCCGAUGACGUGCCACCGGAGAAGCUGUCGCAGGAAGCUUUCAGAUUGAUGCGAACGGUGCAGUCGCUCCUGGUGAUGCGCGAGCCCGAUCUCGCGCGCCUCGGCAGCAGUCAGGAAGUUAAUGGCGGCAUCUCUCCCCUUCCCCUGGACCAGCACCCCGCGAAUAUGUCAUCCCUGUCGCUUCACAGCAACUUCGCCAACUCGACGGCGUUGCAGCAGGAUAUCAGCUCGACGUCCACGACGGCGACGACGCUAUCCGGCGGCUCGAGCAGCGAAGGCCGCGGAACCGACGGCAGUUCUUGCACCGACGACGAGAUAAAUCGCACCAUUUUCGGAGGCGCCAACAACGCCAGCAGCAAACUGGCCAGCAACGGAAGCAGCGCCAACGUGUCGACGACAACGCUAAUGAGCCCCGGUGCGAGGCAGUCCAUUGACGCGACGUCCUUGAAUUCUGCCAGUAGCAAGAAUACAGAGGACGACGACUGCGUCAGCUCGUCCAGGAAUUCAAACUUGUCAGGUCUCGCUCACAAGCAGGAUAGCGGCUGCGCUCUUCAGCAGAACGGCUAUCACGUUCAGGCACCUACGUCCACGCCGCACAAUCGCAGGCUCAAGAAGCUGGACAGAAAGGAGUUGCAUCUGAAGUCGCUCAGAGACUGGGCCCUCGGCAACUCGAGCAGCUCGGUAACGUCGCGACCGAAGCCGGCGGCGAGCGUGAGCAGCGCCGAGGACGAGAGCGGUUUCUCGUCGAUGUCGUCGUUCCAGGAGGUGGGCCUGCCCCACGUCGUGGCCAACCUCUCGCCCAUCAAGGGCGGCUGCCAUACCGAGGUCGGCCUGCCCGAGGUGCCGAUCGAGAAGACACGCCACAGGCGCUGGUCGUCGACGCCUGCCGAGUUCCAGGCGCUCUUCAAGCGCCACAGCGGAAGCUUCGCCAGCAACGGACAGACGACCGCGGAAUCCCUCAGCGUCUGGGUGUAAACCGCGAGAGAGUAUUGGGGCCAUCGAUUCUGAUCUAGAAACUGCGAUUCACUCCAACUUCCUAUAUACUGAUAUAAUCUAAUUGUGCUUAUGAUCCGAAGCUUUUCUAUGAAAAUAUUUGAAGAAAAAUGCCUAGUUUUUGUCCGAUAUUUUCGUGGAUUUUUUAAGAUGAUUGUUAAUAUUGUUACCGAUUGUCAACAGAAAUUACGAAUUUUGUUGAGGAUAUAAUCAAUAACGGUAUAGUGCAGAACGUAAGUGAAUAGCAGUUUCAUAUAGUGAAUCGUACGUUGCCCCUCACGCGUACAGGGUAAAUUUCAUCAAGUGCUUGCGAGAAGCAACUCCGAAAUGUGGAAAUCUAUGUUGAAUUCGUGCAAUGAUAGUAUUUUCACUCUGUAUUUGAUGAUAAAUCAAGCGAGAUGAUUUAGAAGCUUUAUUAUGAAAAGUGAACAUGCUACUAUACUUAUCUUUUGUAUACUGGCAAUCUCGUGGAGUCUUCGCGAUGUAUUUCGUUGUCAGUUUAUAUAGCCAUUACAUGCAGAUUUGCGGAGAUCAAGUAUAUAGUUUUUCAUUAUAUGUAUACAAUUUUUGUAAAGAAUUAGUAAGAAUAUUCUCGCUUGGAACUUUUACAUUUUUACAGGUAGCUUUUUACAUGGAAGCGACAAACAAAUGUUCUUGCAUUUUGCAUAAUAACUGUAAUAUAUAGAUGAAUGAGGAGAGCAACGCAUGUUGCCAGGAUGAGAGAGAUGAUCUACCGAGCAGUCUUUUGCCGACAAAAUAUUCUGUCAAAAUUUAAUUUCAAUCGCACCUAUAAGUCGUGCUUUGCAACGCAUUACAAAAUUGACUAAAACUGCUACAGCAUUCCUAUCGAAAUAAGUUAAUCGAGUAAAAAUAAAAAUGCACUGACGGUAGAGCACAGAUCGGUAACGUAGCUUAAAUCAGCAUCGGUAUUUUUGUAUGCGACAUGAAUAAGUAUUUAUUAACAGCUUCUACAUUUCGUCAGAUGUCUGUUCAAACUAAAGUUUUUGCUACAUUCAAACGGCAUAUUGUUUUGCAAAAAGUGUUUGUUACCGUUUAUUAUUUCUUGAAUAAAACUUACGAGGAAGUAAGAUGAUCAGUUCGUCGGCGAUAAUGUUUUAGUGUUAAUUCUCGUCUCUGUUAACAGCGAAUCUUGUAGUUUCGGUAUAGCAGCGCCAAAAAUGCUUCUCCGGUGACUGAUAAAAAAUUUGGACUUACUUUUUUUGUACAUAGUAAUUAAUAUUUUUGCGCUUUAUUAAUAUUCGUAUUGUUAUCUGUAGUUCUCCGCUCGCUUAUAAUUAGUACAGCCGUAUAUUGAUUAGAAAUGAAUGGUGAACCUGAAGUUUUCUGAUCGUUUGAUUUGAUCACGAUUAUCUGUUUCUAUUUAACUUCAAAACGAAGAUUAUUUUUUCUGUAUUUCGUUAAAAGCAGAUGUUUUAAGCAGCGACAUUGUAAUAUUCAUAAGAUAUUUAUAUUACAUGUGUAAUCCAUUAGAUAAUUUUUUGGAUUCUAUAUUUCUUAUUGUUGCGUCUUUAAAUAUUCUUAGGUAGCUAAGAAAAGAUCGUAUAAACUUUAUUAGAUAUUAAAGAAUGCCGUGUCAACGAGGAAAAGUGAAGUAAAGAGUAUGAAUAUAGAAUAUCUCAAGGCAAACAAUGUGCAUGCGUUAAGAUUGAAUUGAAAUCAUUUUUAAAUUUUACACUUUGCAUUUAUAUCCAUACUGUUGUUAUUGUUUUUCGCCUUGAUCGAUGCCGUUAUAUCAUUACUCUUUUUACUUUGACCUAGCACGAAAUAUAUUACAGCAUGAAGUGCCGAUUGAUAAAUGUGUUGCAUGAAGUGAGGUACAAAUUUGAGUUGAAUGAUACCUCGUUUUUAUAGUACAUCGAGUGCUAAAUCAAUUGAAGCUGCAUUUCAUUUUUUGGUGUUUUUUUUUACAAUUUGACUUUUUUUUAAUUUAUACAUUAUUUUUUGUGAAAUCUUUUCAAGUGGCGAAUUUUGUGAAUGAUCAUGCAAGUAUGCACAAUGUUGUACUUGGGUAGGGCAACAUGCGUCGAGUGAUGAUUUCACGCGCAUUUUUGACAAUUGUACUCUGGUUAUAAGACUCGAAGCACACUCGUAUUUUUUGCUAUAAAAGCUGAUAUCCUUGUAAAAUCGAGAAAUGCUGUAAAUUAAACAUUCAAUUUCAUCUAAA